AUGGGUCCAAGAGUCAAUCAAAACCGGCUGUUGGAAUUCCGUGCCACAAUUCAGGAAUCCAAUCAAGUAGGUCAGGAAUUCCAGGUGAGGACAGCGACGCUGUGGCUGAAGGCGGAUUUCCAGACGCCGCCGCCGCAACGCUAUCACGGUGCUGCGUCCACAGUCAAAUGUCGGACCACCGACGUAUUCGUCUUCAAAGUCAUAUCGACAACGUUGCCGGAGUCUGUUACACUUAGUUCAAGGCAAUUCGAUCGCCUCACAUCAGAUCCCAUCUCUGUAACUCUAGAAGAAUCGCGAAGCGGUUGGCAAAAAAUAGACCUUACAGAGAUCGUCCGACAAUGGCUAGCGGAGUCGAACGACGAAAAGCUGCGACUCUUCGUUGAUUGCAGCUGUUGUGCCAAUUGGCACAUCCAUCUUUUUAACAACGUCAACGAAAGAAGCCUUAAAGCCAACACCAAUAGGCCGUUCCUAGUAAUACAUACAGAUCCCAGUACGGCGAAGCGGGUCCGACGGAGAGCCAUUGAUUGUUCAGAAGAUUCUGGGAAUCAAUGCUGCAAGCAAAGAUUUUAUGUUAGUUUUAAGGCGCUGGGAUGGGAUGACUGGGUGAUAGCACCACAAGGAUACUACGCGAACUACUGUCGAGGGGAUUGCGGCCACCAUCGGACCCCCGACACGUACGUCACGUACCACACGCACGUCAUCGAAGAGGCGCGCAAGACGCAACAACUAUCAGGUAUGACACCUUGUUGUGCACCGUUAAAAUUUUCCAGCAUGAGUUUAAUAUAUUACGGACCGGACUCGACCAUCAUCAAAAGGGACUUACCUAAGAUGGUUGUGGACGAGUGCGGUUGUCCGUAA